CUAGGGGUAGAUUCUUCCAUUACUGUACAGUGUGUAUGCUGAAGCUUUGCAUUUUGCUGCAGAUCCAAAAUGCAAGAUCGCCAUCCAACAGAACUUGCAUCAAAAAAGAUGGUUCUGGCAGGUUCUAUUAUACAUUGCAUUACAGCAUCAGGAUCCUUGUGAGAUGGAAGAUUCUCAGACAAGAAUUCUGGAUUCAAUUUGUGUCUGGUGGAGAGCCCGUAUGUUUGAGUUUAUAUGUUUGAGUUUAAUACGGCAGAGCCCCGAACUAUAUUGCAGAAAUAUCUCUGCCUUUUCUAUUUCCCUUUGAUAAGACCCCCUUCUUAAAUAGAUACUCGUUCUCUUCUCAAGGAAAAGGGAAUAUGAAGUCUUCCUGAAUUUUCUAUUUUAUCUAGACUCACAAGCCAAAGAGCUUGGUUUUUUUUUUUUUUUUGUUUUAGAUCUCAUUCGGCCACACUAUACUUGCCUUUCUUUCUCAUGUCUCUUGACCCGUACAAGUCUAACUUUCUUCAACUGUCUACCUCGGCCUUGCUGGGUUCUGUCCCCAGGGAUUGGGAGAGAGGUUGAAAGGAAGAAACAGCUUUUGGAAGUCGGUAUGCCGCCCCUGUCAUUAUAUCUCUGGAAGUGCCCAGAAGAUCUCAGCCACUUUCUCUGGGGUGAUGCCUGAGUAAGCAGCAAAAUCGAGCUACGUACCCCACCCUUACUGUAUUGUCAAAGCAACGCUUGCUUGGUGGCCUAUUUAUCGCAGGGCAAGAAGCUGAGCUGCAGCAGGUGAGGGGUUAAGUGCAGGCUCAGCUGUUCCGGAUUUUCUUGGUUUCCUAGCGAGCUGUUUGAUAUCUGAAUGCACAGGGGACUCCCCCGCCUCUCAACCCUCUCCUUCCCCCUACCCCCACGCGCACACGCACACACACUCCCUUUGCAGACCAUGCGCUCGUUCAGCCGCUUCGUCUAAUGGCACCGACUCUCAGCCGGCACGCUGCUCCUUCGCUGCUUGAGCCGAGGACACAGAAGGCAGCUCCUCUCAUGGAGCCCUCUUAAAUAGCUCCACACGAGGGAGCUGCCAAAGGGGGGCGAAAACGGAGAAAAAAGCAAGUACUGUGAAGAGAGGAAGCAGAAGGAGCCUGCCAACAUCGCCGCUUCUGGGUUUGCUGGCGACCCAUGCUCUGCUCCAUGGCUAACUCAGGCUGCCUCCUGGUCUCCAACUCAGCCUUGCUCCCCCACUCUCUCCCUUGCCCCCCAGCCUUCCUCUACCUCCAGCAGGGCAAUCAGGACGCCACGGCUCCGCCUGACGCAAUGGCUCAGCCCUAUCCCCCAGCAACAUAUCCACCACCCCCACAGAAUGGUAUCCCUCCAGAGUACGCUCCUCCACCACCACACCCGCAUCCAGCACAGGACUAUUCGGGGCAGAGCACAGUACCUGAGCAUGCCUUGACGCUCUACACCCCAGCACAGAGCCACUCCGAACAGCCGGGCACUGAUGCCAGCACGCAGUCCAUAGCAGGCACACAAACGGUACCGCAGACAGAUGAAGCAGCGCAGACAGACAACCAGACACUACACCUACCAGAGAAUGGUUCCAACAAGCAGCAGCCUAAGCGGCUACACGUUUCCAACAUCCCUUUCCGCUUCCGGGACCCUGAUCUGCGGCAAAUGUUUGGACAAUUUGGAAAGAUCCUGGAUGUUGAGAUCAUUUUCAAUGAGCGUGGUUCCAAGGGUUUUGGGUUUGUAACUUUUGAAACUAGUGCAGAUGCCGAUCGGGCACGGGAGAAGCUGAACGGCACCAUCGUAGAGGGACGCAAAAUUGAGGUCAACAAUGCCACUGCACGGGUCAUGACAAACAAAAAGGCAGCUAAUCCCUACACAAACGGCUGGAAGCUGAACCCUGUAGUGGGCGCCGUCUAUGGCCCUGAAUUCUAUGCAGUGACUGGUUUUCCAUAUCCAGCUACAGGAACCGCAGUAGCGUACCGGGGGACGCACUUAAGGGGCCGAGGGCGCACAGUCUACAACACUUUCCGAGCGGCUCCCCCACCUCCCCCCAUCCCCACUUAUGGAGCAGUGGUUUACCAGGACGGAUUCUACGGUGCUGAAAUUUAUGGGGGCUAUGCAGCCUACAGAUACGCCCAGCCUGCGGCAGCAGCAGCAACAGCUUACAGCGACAGGGUUGGCAACUCAGCGAUUCCUCAGUUUCUAACGCUGCCCCCUGUGUUCGCUCCUAGUUACGGCAGAGUUUAUGCAGCUGCAGACCCUUACCACCACACUAUUGGCCCCGCUGCCACCUACAGCAUCGGCACCAUGAGCAAGAACAGACUCUCAGCCUGAGGCAUCCUGGACCAAAAAGUGCUUUGAGGGAGAAAGAGAAUGAGACAUUUUCCACAGAGAACACUCCAAAUUCUCUGUUCAGCAGCCAGAAAGGAGACACUCCACAGAACACACCCUGGCCUUGUAAACUCAAGACAACACAAGAGACUCUUUCUCAACAGGUGGCUCGUAGGCUUGGCUAGGACCAUGCAUACAGCCAAUUCAAGGGAUUAAGGGCAGCUCAGACAACAUAGCAAAAGAAUGUUUCUCAAUAGAUUCUAAAAAUGCACGAACAAAACAGUGAGGAAAUAAUCUCUCUCGGGGGUUGCUCCAUCUGCUUGUUCUUUGUGAUCAGGGGCACUUCAAAAUUUGCAGGGUGAAGAGAAAUCUACACAAACUUCUCCCAAACAUCUGACCUUCUAAGGUUUGUUUUAACUGGGAUGCACACUAGCUCAGAACCGUAAUAAUAUCUGAGAUCCUAACAAAGACGCUUUUUGAUUGCUUGAUAAAAGAGCAUUUUGUGGCUGAGCAGGCAAAGCACCACUGGUGUGUUUUUCAUUCAGAAAGCCUGGAGAAACGUCUGCCCCAAUGUUGUCUUUGCGCCUCCAUACUUUGAUGGGAACACAGUCGAUAAGGAAAGUGGCUUCCUCUCCUCAUUUUGAAACAACUGGUCCCAUCACUUCCUCUCCCCCUGCUGCCACCUUAGUUCGGAUUUACCAGGUUGCUGAUGGGAGAGCCAGAGUUACAGCAUGGUGUACUUGAGGCAGCUCCAUCAGUCAAAGGAAUGUAUCCAGCAGUGAGGAAUCCCGGCAAUGGGCCCCAGGGGAGCCCAGCUCUUCUAUGAUUGCCCACUUCUUCCUUAAGCCUCAAAAAGGGUGAAAAAUAUGAAUUCUUCGCCUUUUCUAGUUGUGGGAAUACAGGUAGUCCUCGACUUACAACCUUUCACUCAGUGACCAUAUGAAGUUGCAUGGCACUGAAAAGGUGACUUAUAACCAUUUUCCACACUUGUGACCACUGCAGCAUUCCCCCAGGGUCACGUGAUCAAAAUUCAGGUGUGGGGCAACUGGCACGUAUUUAUGACGGUUGCACUUUCCCAUAGUCAUGUGAUCACCAUUUUUAACCUUCCAGCCACCUUUCAACAAGCAAAGUCAAUGGGGGAAGUCAGCUUUGCUUAGUGACCGCAUGACUCACCUAGCAACUGCAUGAUUUACUAAACUGUGGGGAAAAGGAGCAAAACUCAACAACUCUUGCUUAUUACCUUUAAAGCCCUAUAUGGCUCAGGGCCAGGCUAUUUGCGAGACCGCCUACUACCUCAUAGUUCCCUUUGUCCGGUUAGAUCCCACAGGCUGGGCCUCCUUCAGGUCC